GACUACACCUCCCAGGGUGCCCCGCGCGGCGGCCGUGUUGUGCCUCCGUGUCGGGGCGAGGAGGAGGAUGGUGACAGCGGGAGGAUGGAGUCCGUUUUAUCUAGGUAUGAAAACCAGAUCACUAUUUUGUCAGACUACUUAGAAGAAUUUCCAGAAACUGAUGAGCCUGUGUGGAUUCUAGGAAGGCAACAUCACCUCAACACAGACAAAUCUAAAUUUUUGUUGGAUAUCAGUGCUCGUCUCUGGUUUACCUAUAGAAGAAAGUUUUCCCCUAUUGGAGGCACUGGCCCUUCAUCUGAUGCUGGCUGGGGAUGUAUGCUGCGAUGUGGGCAGAUGAUGCUGGCACAAGCACUGAUCUGCAGACACUUAGGAAGAGAUUGGCAAUGGGAAAAACACAAAAAACAACCAGAAGAAUAUCACAGAAUCUUACGGUGCUUUCUAGAUAGAAAGGAUUGCUGUUACUCCAUCCACCAAAUGGCACAGAUGGGUGUUGGAGAGGGGAAAUCAAUUGGAGAAUGGUUUGGACCAAACACAGUUGCCCAAGUACUGAAGAAGCUUGCUUUAUUUGAUGAAUGGAACUCAUUAGCAGUUUAUGUAUCAAUGGACAAUACAGUGGUCAUUGAAGAUAUCAAAAAGAUGUGCUGGUGCCCUCCCCAGAGCAGCAGCGUGGCACACAGCAGUGCCCAUUUCCACAGGAGUGCUCUGGGCCACAACAAGAACACAGCAGGAUUCUGCACAGCCUGGAAGCCCCUCCUGCUCAUCAUACCUCUGAGGCUGGGGAUAAAUCACAUCAAUCCAGUCUAUAUCGAUGCAUUUAAGGAAUGCUUUAAGAUGCCACAGUCUUUGGGAGCAUUAGGAGGGAAACCAAAUAAUGCCUAUUAUUUCAUAGGAUUUUUAGGCAAUGAGCUGAUCUAUUUGGACCCUCACACCACUCAAAGUUUUGUAGAUUCAGAAGAAAAUGGCACAGUUGAUGAUGAGAGCUUCCACUGCCAACAAGCCCCACACAGAAUGAAGAUCAUGAAUUUGGACCCCUCAGUAGCUUUAGGCUUCUUUUGCAAAGAAGAAUGUGAUUUUGAUAACUGGUGUAGUCUUGUACAAAAGGAGAUUCUAAAGCAACAGAGUCUACGGAUGUUUGAACUGGUCCAGAAGCAUCCAGCACACUGGCCUCCUUUCAUACCUCCAUCAAAGCCAGAAGUGACCACCACAGGAGCAGAACUCAUUGAAUCUACAGACAAGCUAUUUGAAUUGGAAGAAGAAUUUGAAAUCCUGAGCGUAUGAAGGAAACUGUGGUGACCCUUCUGAGUAUUGAACACACUGCUAAUAUUAUUGCAUUGACUUAAAUCAAACAGCCAUGUUAGCCCCAAAGUGCCUGAAAUUACAGACAGCAGAGCACAAAAACCUCACAGCAUCCACAACUCCAGUGGUGGCAGUUCUGCUGUCAAAGAGCUUCCCCAGGUGGAAAGGAAGGAAAAGAUCUUACAACAAGACCCUUAUUAAUGUGACAGUAAGACCUCUGUUUAAUGGGUGUCUCUCCUGAAGACAAAUGGACCUUUGAGAUUAAGGCAAAAAUAAGUGUAUUGCUGGGCUGUAUGUUUGGAGAAAGGGAUAACCCCAAAUGGAUAUUUCUUGCUCUCAUAUAAUGCAAUAGUUUAGUUCUUCAAGCAAAACAGUCUUCAGUUAAGGAGGAUGUUUACUUCUCUUCCCUCCUGUGGGCUGCAUCAUAGAAAAAAUACAUUGUCUUGUUUUAAAAGAUCGACUGGAUCAGAAGAAAAUUGUUUCCUUGUUAAAUAUUUUAACAUGUAUUUGAGCAACCACACUUUAUUACAAAAAUGUUUCUGUAAAAGGAACUAUGCCUAAUGUAUACCUUUUUGCAAUAGCCUUCCUGUUCCUGGGAAACCUCAAGAGGAACAGGAGACUCAAAUAGUUGAUACAGAUCACAACCACUGUUAUAGUUAUGAUAUGUUUCACCUUGACCUUAAAAUUCAGAUCAUUAAAACUUAGACUGACUUUUCUUUUGAAGCUAAAAAUGAGUCAAAGGUGGUUUAACUGUACCUUAUUUAUUUAAAAAAAGAUUUACACAAGUUUCUCUGUUACAGCACUUUAUCUGUGCAUCUAAUAAAUUUCUUAAGCUUUUCAUAGGUUGUAUGCUGCUAUAUUUUCUUAAUUGGUUUGUGUGAACUGAAUGUAAACCAGGUUAUCUUAAAACUUAAUCUACAGGUAUAUGCAAAUUACUUAAUUAUUGUUUUUGGACUUGUUGCCUUUUGAGAUUUGUUUUGGUGAAAGUGCCUUAAUUCUACAGGUUUAUGAGAACAGCCUGAGCAGCUUUGUUUCUAAGGCAGAGUAUCUCUCCAGCAGCCACAAGAAAAACAGCUUAGAACAAUUAAAGGCAAAGAUCUUUUAAUCCAUUAUCGAGUUCCUUAUAACUAUCAGACAGUCCCCACCAUGGUCAUUUUGUCAUGGUAGUGUAAUGGACAUGAAUCACACAGUUUCCUCUUCACCAAUAAAUGACAACAUAGAGAAAUCCUGAA